AAUGUCAUUACUAAUUCUUUGAAAUUACCAACCUUAUUUGAAUGGUAUGUCGGUGAUAUACCAACACGAAACUAGGUUUCGUUCUUAUCCCCACGGAACACUAGAAACGUCCGUUGGUUUUUGCAUGUAGACGCAGGAGCAGCUCUGUACCACAAAGUUGUCAUCGGCCUAUUUCGCACACAUCCUUUUGCCAAUACAACGGAACUUCUUUUCUUAUCAGCCAUCUGGUUCUUUUAUCAGCGACCGAGAGUCAAAGUCCGACAUUGACCUUAUCCAUCAAGACCCGUGCGUGAAGCUGCAGCAGAGGUCAUCCCAAGCUUUUGCCCAGAGAUUACCACGCAGUUUCGAACGCAGCAGCACGACGGCUUCAGUCAACUUCCGGGUCAACGUCAAGCCCUCAAUCUUCCCUCUCGUUCACUCGUCUACUGGUCAUCAUCAUCGUAUACGGACUCUCGUCUCUCUCUAUGUAUAGCAACCGAACUCCACCGAGAAUCCCAGAACACAAGCAAAAGCUUCGAGCUUGACCCGGUUGCCCGGUACCAUCUUCACGUCCCUUCGCUGUUCGCGGGAUCUUUCGACGUGGGUCCGUCUCGAAAGGCCGGAUAAGGCCCGCCGGUGUCGUGAUCGGGACGUCACGACGGACCCCACGCGCUUCCGCGUUUCUGUCCACUAUAUAAAGGCGGAGAGAGAGAGAGAGAGGGUGGGUGCGACAGUUUUCGCCAGAAGCAGUUCCAGUGAGAUUGGGCAGUUUCAGAGGGAGACGAGGGGUGGCGGACGAGGGGCUUUGGAGAGGGAUCGUGGGUGUGUAUCGGAUCGGCGAAGGAGUUGGAAUUGGAGGUGGUCGAGAGUGAGUGUGAGAGAAUGGGGGGUUGCUUUUCGGAUGUGAGAGGAGGUCAAGAAGCGGUCGGAGGGACCCAGCAGAGGCCCAUGGGAGGAGUUGGAGUUGGAGUUGGAGGAGGAGGAGGAGGAGGAGGAGGCAACAAUGGCGGGCACAACGACGCCGUCGACCACUUCUUCCGAGCUCGCGGUCAACCCGCUCUCUUCUCUCAAAUUGAGUUGUCCUUGUCUGCUUCAAAAUUACGUGAUCGUGACGUCAUGUCAAAGAGUGAUCCAAUGGCAGUUGUGUACUUGAGGAAAAGAGAUGGGAUGCUUGAGGAACUUGGGAGGACGGAAGUUAUAUUAAAUAGUUUGGAUCCUGCAUGGAUUGAAAUGAUUUCUUUAGCUUAUCAAUUUGAGACUGUGCAGCAUCUGGUGUUUCAUGUAUAUGAUGUCGACACAAAAUAUCACAACGUACCUGUAAAGACAUUAAAGCUGAAGGACCAAGAGUUUUUAGGAGAAGCUAGCUGUGUGCUGUCAGAGAUAGUCACAAAGCAAAGUCGGAGUUUGACCCUGUCGCUUCAUAAUAAAAAUUUGCAAGUAGGCUUGAGAAACCUGGGUACACUGACUGUCCGUGCUGAGGAAUCUGUUGCUUCCAGGACUGCUGUUGAAAUAAUAUUCCGCUGCUCCCAGUUGGAAAACAAAGAUAUGUUUUCUAAAAGUGAUCCUUUCCUGAGAAUAUCCAGAGUAGUUGAGUCUGGGGGGUCUCUUCCUAUUUGCAAAACCGAAGUUAUCAACAACAACUUGAACCCUACUUGGAGGCCCUUAUGUCUAAGCAUGCAGCAAUUCGGAAGCAAGGAGAAUCCAUUAGUAAUUGAGUGCUUUGACUUCGAUACUAGUGGGAACCAUGCACUUAUAGGUAAACUUCAGAAGUCCAUGGCAGACUUGGAGAAACUUCACAAAGAAAGAAAUGGUGCAAAUUUCACUUCACCGGCUUCGCAUCACGGCCAUGAAAAGUUUCUCAAGAGUCAGCUUUUCGUGGAUCAAUUUUGUGAGAAGCAACAGUACAGCUUUCUUGAUUACAUAUCAAGUGGUUUUGAGCUUACUUUUAUGGUUGCUGUCGACUUUACAGCUUCAAAUGGAAAUCCCAGAAAUCCAGAUUCCUUGCAUUAUAUUGAUCCUUCAGGAAGAUACAAUUCCUACCAGCAGGCUAUAAUGGAAGUUGGAGAAGUAAUUCAGUUUUAUGAUUCGGAUAGACGAUUUACUGCGUGGGGAUUUGGAGGAAGGACUUAUGAUGGUACUGUAUCUCACUGUUUCAACCUGAAUGGAAGUCCAGAUGGCUAUGAGGUUGAAGGAGUCGAAGGCAUCAUGGCUGCUUAUGCUGGUGCUUUGCACAAUGUUUCCCUGGCAGGACCCACUUUAUUUGGUCAUGUGAUCAAUAGGGCUGCUCAAAUUGCAGGCCAAUCACUUUCCUAUAAUCAUAGCAAAUACUACGUUUUGCUUAUAAUAACGGAUGGAGUUCUCACGGAUCAACAAGAAACGAUGGAUGCAUUAGUAAGGGCAUCAGAUCUUCCACUCUCAAUCCUGAUAGUUGGAGUUGGAGGUGCAGAUUUUUCACAAAUGGAGAGACUCGAUGCUGACCACGGAAUUAGAUUGGAAAGUUCUACUGGUCGGGUAGCCACGAGAGACAUUGUACAAUUUGUUCCAAUGCGAGAAGUUCAUCGUGGGAGUAUAUCGGCCGUUCAAGCUCUUUUGGAGGAGCUUCCUGGACAAUUCCUGACUUACAUGCGGGCUAGAGGCAUAAAACCACACACUCACACGCCUCCUUGAGCAGUUCUUCGAGAAGUUCCAUUUGUGCCGAAGCAUCUUGAACAUCACUAAAGAUGAACAAAAGUAGGAUUAUGUUUAUGCUCGAUUUGCGCACAGCUGCUACUGAAGGGUUGAAAUUCUGUAAAGAGCUCUAUCGUUUGCUGUCAAUGCAACUUUCUUGAAAAGCUAAAAAUAACUGGGAAGGGCAGAAGCGGUCUUAUUGCGUAAGUGUUGUUCCUGUAAAUUGCUAAUCAUACUGCAAGUAUGUGAAUAUGAUUAACAUCUUCGUGAAUGCGAGUAUAGUUCAGUUUCGCAGUUGUUACUG